AUGCAAUCCGACGUGCUCAACGAGGACAUAUGGGCCAUGAUACUGAACUUCACUCGGCUCGACGGUGCACGCAAGCAGUCCCUCGUCACACGCAGUAUACAUUCCUUGGCUCGGCGCGUCGUCCUUUCUUCCGCCAGGCUUUUCACCCAAUUCCAGUUGGUCAAGGCGUGCAACUUCAUGCUAGAUGACCCAGAUCACUGCGCCUGUUGGUUGUGUGAACUCUACGUACAGCCCUAUGCCUUGGCAGAUCUCAAGGAUGGGCAUACUGCGGAGGCUGUCUCGGCGUUGGUGCAACUAGCUGGUCUUCUCGAGGCAGCACAAAAUAUUCAAACUCUGUCGCUGCCCUACAUGGAGGUUUUGGUGGUAGCGGAGCCGCGCAUCGGUACCGCGUUGAUCUCCCUCACACGGCUGCAGGACGUCGAGCUCCUCGGUGUAUCGUCCCACGUUCUGGACGUAGCCAACCAGAUGGUCAGCCGUCCAUCGCGCGUGUCUCUCGGCUUUGUGUCACCUCUGGCCGGCAUCAGCGAACACAUCGUCCAGUUGAGCCAUCUCACCUUGCUCGAGAACGCGCGCAGAGUGAACAUCGUGUUUUCCGACGCGGAUGAUGCGGACGAAUUCAAGCAACCCUCAGACUUCGACUUCGAGCUCGCGCAGCUCGGCCAGUACCCCAGCGUCCGCGAGCUCUGCCUCUACUUGUGUGGGCCCCUCCCUAUAUUCCACAUCUUCCCGAACAUGCAGAUCCUACGCAUGCGACGUCUGAAUGCGUCGUUUCGACGCUUCGACUGGCGCACAUGGGCAUGGACGGGAUCGGUUCCAUUGAUCAAGGCCGACGCCCCCAACAAUGACAACAGGGUGCAACGAACGCCCUACCGAAUGGGGAGGUUGCCCACUGGCCCCCUCCCUGACAUGCUUACUUCAUGGGUGGAAUCGCUCCUCCCCGUCAUCCGACAGUCCCGAUUGGUCUGUAUGAAACUGAGGUUCGACGUGGGCAAUCCACCUCUGAAGGUCACCGGGCUCAAUGCGGUUCGAGAGAUGCUCGCACGGCAACUUCAAGUGCCGUCGCUCAGAUACAUAUGCAUCGAUGCCGGAUGGCACCAGCUCGAGCGUGGUCCCUUUGACAGCCAUGACUAUCAACGACUUUUUCUCGUUACCAAGUGCACCUGGUGCCAGGUGCGCGAUGUCGGUGGCGAGCGAUGCGUAGGGAUCAUCUCGUGCAAGGCCGGCGAGCGUGUCGAGCGGUAUUUGUGCUCUGCGGAGUUCGAGAAGACGUUGUCCCUAGACGGGGUCGUGCUGACUUGA